CCCGUCAUGGCUUCCCAAACACGCUUCUAUAUGCACCGCUUCCACACCCGCCGUCUACACCUGGCCAGCUCUCAUCCGCGGUCCGAAGCCUUCAAAACGAUGCCCUUGACCCAUUUCCAAUCUGGAACUGUCUGAUUUAUGACGGACUGUGCACUCGGUCGGGUCGGGAAAUCAAAUGCAUUGCUCACCGGAUGCUCUCGGGUUUCAUCUCUUCCACUGGUUGUAAAUGUGUCAGGACUCGGCACCUAGAACACUGUAAAGCUGCUCUCCUCGCGUCAUCCAUACAGCUCGUCGCGCGCUUCCUUGUUUCGGGCCAAUUGCGGGACGGGCUGAAGCCACAGAGGAGGGGGUGGUCUCCGGACGCUAUCCGGUUCUUUCCGUAAUCCUGCGCCGGUGGAAUUUUAAAUCCGUUCCUCCAGCGGGAUCUGCUCGGUGGAGACCGUUUACGGGGACUGCUGCAUUGCAUUCAUAUUUAGAACGCUUAAAUGUUGCUUCGUUACGUUAAUAGAAUGCUUGUUGUUGUUUUUAGAACGUUUAAUUGACACAUUGUCACGCUCGCGUUGUUUAGAACGUUGUUAUUUCAUAUUUGCGGAAUGACGAUAUUGUUUAAAAGGUGAAAUGGUUACAUUCUAGCUCUCGCAGAAUGAGCGUCUCGGGACGUUUAUAACUUUUCUCUGGUACACAUUGCAAAAGUGAGCAGAGCAGCCCAGCAGGAUCCGGUGUAAAUAUUCAACAAAUGAUAGAGGAGGAGUCGGUGCACGAUAAAAGGGAUGUGAACCGAGACCCCGAGAGCAAAGAGCUUCGGACUCGGUUUAAAGCGCGCGUUCACGGUGUCCUCUUCAGUUUGCGUGAACUCCUGCUGCUUUAUUAUGACGAGUGAUCUCUCAUAACAGGAUUUGGGCAUUAUCGAUCGGAUUAUGAGUGAUGAUCCAUGCGAAGUGACACGAGAUUGACUUCGUUUCAGAUCGCGAGGGGAUUUUCUCCCCCCUGCUCUUCUUUUCCACCCGUUCGGAAGCAUAUGAUAAAAGAGUUAUUCUGGAAACGUAUUUGCAUCCGUUCUUUAAAGGAUGCACACAGAAAGCAAUGAAAACGCUGCAGGAGCAGCCAGUUUGGAGGAAUCGACCACUGAACCGCAGGCUGGACACACUGAACACCCUGCAAUGGAGCACAGAGACCCGCAGGAGUACGAGGAACCGGGGUGUAAACUGGCCCCGGAGGACAGCACGGUGCAGCUGAUACAAACCGGCUGCUCCGACAAGCGUCCGGGGACGCCGCCCGGCGCACACCCGGGACCGGGCUUCGUUCCCCCAGAGGGAGGUUUCGGCUGGGUCGUGGUGUUCGCUGCAACGUGGUGCAACGGCUCGAUUUUCGGCAUCCAGAACUCAUUCGGGAUUCUGCACAUGAUGCUUGUGAAAGACCAUCAGGAACUGACGGACCAGGCGUCUCAGUUUAAAGUGGCAUGGGUUGGUGCUAUGGCGAUGGGGAUGAUAUUUUUCUGCUCUCCGGUGGUCAGUAUGUUCACUGAUCACUUCGGAUGCCGGAAGACAGCCAUCUGCGGAGCAUUUGUGGCCUUCCUCGGUCUUCUCACCAGUUCCUUCGCAACCACGCUGGGACUUCGAUACUUCACAUACGGGAUACUGUUCGGCUGCGGAUCCUCAUUCGCGUUCCAGCCGUCUCUGGUGAUCCUGGGGCAUUAUUUUCGACAGAGACUGGGUUUGGCCAAUGGCGUGGUGACGGCAGGCAGCAGCCUCUUUUCUAUGGGGCUCCCUGUGCUGCUCAAGAAAGUGGUGGGACCGCUGGGCCUUCCCAGAACCUUCCAGAUACUCAGUAUCUUCAUGUUGGUCCAGUCGCUGCUGGCCCUCACCUUCAAACCGCUCAUGCCCAGUGGGAUGUGCCCGAUGCCAGGCAUGGGAAUGGAUGGAGGGCCCCCGUCCGACCUGGAGUCAGCGAGCAGGUGGCAGAAGGGCCUGGCCAAAAUCAGGAAGUACUUUAAUAUACGAGUGUUUGGUGUGCUGACCUAUCGGGUUUGGGCGUUCGGCGUCGCCACGGCGGUUCUGGGAUACUUCGUUCCAUACGUGCACCUGAUGAACUUUGUGAAGGAGGAGUUUAAAGACACUCAAAGGGAAUGGGUGCUGCUCGUGUGUAUCGGAGCGUCGUCUGGAGUCGGUCGACUGCUUUUUGGGAAGAUCGGAGACAUCAUACCUGGAGUAAAGAAAAUAUACAUGCAGGUGGCCUCGUUCAUAUUACUGGGUCUGAUGUCCAUGAUGAUACCUCAGUGCACCGUGUUCGAGGGUCUGGUGGUGGUUUUCAUACUGAUGGGUCUUUGUGACGGCUGUUUCAUCACUAUCAUGGCCCCCAUCGCCUUCGAGUUGGUAGGACCCAUGCAGGCAUCUCAAGCCAUCGGCUACCUCCUCGGCCUCAUGGCCAUACCAAUGACAGCGGGACCACCGAUCGCAGGACUUCUUCAUGACUACUUUGGAAACUACCAUGUGGCGUUUUAUCUGGCUGGUGUUCCUCCAAUAGUAGGGGGUAUCGUGAUGUUUUUUGUGCCUCUGGUGCACCAGCGCAUGCAAAGACGGCAAAAAGAGGCCAGCGACCCCAGCAUGGACAAGAUGUUGAGCUGCUCUAACGGAGACAGGCUGCCCGGAUACACAGACAUGGAGACACACAUCUGAAGCCCACAGCCACACAAAGACAUCUAAUAUAACAUUUCUGGCAAACCAGCUGAUUGUGUGGUCUGUUGUUCCUAUCUUUCUGCAGGGAUUCAUCUCACCAGCACUGCUUGUGGCGUGUGCACGUGAGUGUGUGUUAAAUACGGUGUGUGAUGUAUUUCCUCUUUGCUUGGCUCUAAUCAGAGUCGAGGUCUCAAGGCUUUCCCCUCUGCUUGUUUGCUGUUCUGGAGAGGGACGUGAUCAUCCAUCAAGAGCCCAAACCCUCCUCCAGUGGCCCGCGCUGCCGUUUCCACCGGCUCCUGAGUGAUUGAACGACUUCCGCAUGCAGAUCUGGGCUGAAAUCACCUCCUGCUUGCGUUUCUGGAGAGCUCAGGUAGUGCGGGAGACAACAGUUAAAUAAGGACAGCAAAUGCUUCAGCACCUUUAUAAAGGAAACAUUAUGUGAUGUGAGAGAGCACUGAGAAAAGUGCUGUUUUCAUUGAGCUUCAUAGUUUAUUGUCUAGAUUAUGCAAAUCAGAUUUGUAAGAUUUAGAUGUUUUCAUAAUACGAUUUUUAAAAAAUCCUCCAUAGACUUUUCUGAGACAAAUCCGUCCUUCUUAGUGUGCUUUCUGCUGCCGACUUCGAUAACCUCAGCCGUGUUUUUCUUACCGUAACGUACCGCCGCUGUGUAUCGCAGUGAAUUAUGUAGUCAAUAAUGAAAACUAAACGAGGAAUCAUUUUUAAGGAUUUUUUUUAAAGCUAAUCAUCUGUCCUUAAUGAUAUCUGCUGAAUUUAGUUCAGAAAUGAGCUAUGCAGUAAGAAGUUCACUAACAGUGCCAUGACCAUUGAGCCAGAUGAAAAAUAAAGGAUCGAUAUUCAUAUUGGGGGUGAAUCUCAUGAAAAAUAAUGCCAGAGGAAAAUAAACAGAAGUUAUAUUUUGCAUGAAGAUUUUGUUUGAACAAUUAAGCUCAUUUCCACCAAAUGUAUAUACAGUAAUGCGAAAACAAUCAUCAAAAUACAUUAAUGAAAUCAAAUCUAAAUGCAUAGUUCUGUAUAAAAUACCCCAAUGUAUAAAACAGAUUUUCUCAAAGUUGUAAUUAAAAUGCUAUUGACUGAAAAUAUUAUUUCAGUCACAUUUAAUUUAUUGUGUUACUUGUUGCAAUUAUUUGUGAAAUUUACCAGUAAUUUCUAAGUGAAAUUGUUUUAAAGUAAAUCCUACACUAAUUUAUUUCAAUCCACCGUUUAUGCAAAACAUAAUUUCUUAUUUUUGGGGUAAAAUAUGACCCAGAUAUUUCUUGACAAUUUUCCUGAGAUCCACUCAAGGGCAACAUCACUACAUUUUCUAUUUUUAAAAAUCAGUUUGUGUCUCUUUUCCACAUUUGACUCCCAUUUAUUGUAUUUUUUUUUUUAAGAAAUUAUAUUUUGCUUAUAUGUGUUGUCUUAUUUGUUAUACUGAAAAAAAAUCUGGCAUUUGGAUUCAAGUUGAAUGGACUUCAAUCAAAUCAAUGUGCGAUUGUCCACCAUGAAAAUGUCACGUGUGUAAUUCUGUGUAUGAAUGGAGAGAACUGAUUGCUGUAAGCAAAACAACAUCUUAGUGUUACACAAAGUGGGCCAUGUGUAUGAUUAUUAAUCAAGUACUAUGUGUGACAUUUAAAGCUGCGUUUAUUCUUUUUGAUCAUUUGUUUCUGUAUCAGUCGAUUACAUUAGCAUGUCUCGUGUGUUCAGUGAGAGCAGCUUUUCCUCCGUCUCUUCCAAACACUAUCGAGCUGAAACAAUUCAGCCAAGAGAAAUAUUGAUUAUACGUUACAAACAGACAAUUUUAGUCUACAUUUGUGUGUGCAUGCUUAUUAGAGUCUCACGCUGCUGGCUUAGCAACAUGCUGACAUCUAACUAUUGAAAUCAGCCGCUAUUAUAUGUAAAGCGUUUGUGAGGUUUGGAUGCUGAUUUAGAUCAUAGGCAUCGAAGCGGCUCAGUAGUAUUUGGAACAGGGCUGUGGUUUCUCUCUGCACUUUCAUCCGUCUGUUUGUCAACUAUUUCCCAGAAGCCCUUUAACCACCCGUUUCCGUCCGUGUUGUCAUGGAGAACUGUCCGUAUGAGCUAAUUAACGUCGUUUCGGGUACAUUUUCCUCAGAACUCAUUAGACCCUGUUAAAAAAACAAAACAACAGAAGAUGGUCACGAUCUUAACCAAACUGCCUCAACCGACCCCGUCCUGCAGGUUUAACCAGGAGCCGGUGCUUUUACACUAAAGCAACUGGACCACGAGACACCUCUUCAGGUUCUAGUACUGUGUGAUGAUGUUAUGUGGUGACUAAAGAUGCUUGAUUAAGAUGAAUCGAUGUCUUUAUCAGAGAUAGAAGGAAUCCUGUGCAUACCUCAGUCGUCUGUUUUAUGGUGUGAUAAGUGUUAGACACAGGUGCACUUGCCUUCUACAGUUGUUUGGGCAGAUUCGAUGUCCGCCGUGCGAAUCUUUGAGCCUCAAAGCCAUGAUUCCUGUCGUUUAUGUCUCUCUAACUGAUCAGCAUGUGACUCAGUCAUAAAAAGCAGGCCCUGCAAAUGAAUCCUCAUCUGAUUGACCGUCCUUCCUUAGAGUUUUGGUUGUGCCAUUUUUGACUGAUAGCUGUGUUUUUGUAUGUGUGAGGGAUAAAGAAUGAGAGAGACAGACACAUUCAGACAUUAAGAAACUCAGGGAGUGCAGAUGUGUUUCAUUUUUCAUCACCUGAAUGUGUAUUGUUGCAUGCUGCAUUCAUGAAUCUGCUAUGUCAUUCAUAUUUUAUGAAUAAAGGCAUUUGUGUCCCUGGACCACAUUCUUAAGUCGCUGGGGUUUAUUUGUAGCAAUAGCCAAAAAAAAAAAAAAAUUACAAAAAUAAAUAAACAUUGUAUGGGUCAAAAUUAUCCAUUUUAUGCCAAAAAUCAUUAGGAUAUUGAGUAACGGUCAUGUUCCAUGAAGAUACUUUGUAAAUUUCCUACCGUAAAUAUAUCAAAACUAAAUUUGUGAUUAGUUAUAUGGAAUGCUAAGGACUUCAUUUGGACAACUUCAAAGGCGAUUUUCUCAGUAUUUGGAUUUUUUUCACACCCUCAGAUUUCAGAUUUUCAAAUAUAUGUACCUCGGCCAAAUAUUGUCUGAUCCUAAUAAAGCAUCACCACCUCAUCAAUGGAAAGCUUAUUUAUUCAGCUUUCAUAUGAUGUAUAAAACUCAAUUUCUACUGGUUUUGUGGUCCAGGGUCACAUUUGAAAUCUGAAGGGGUGAAUUUGGUAAAUCUCUAGAAAAAAAUAUUAUGUAUAUAUAUGUAUAUAUGCAUUUUGAUAUAGUCAAGAACAUUAAUAUCAACUAAAAUCUGCAUAAAGGCUGUAUAACGACUAUCAUGUCUUUCACAUCACAUUUAUGAACUAUUAUUAUUACUGUAAUGCACAAAAACUCGUUUUUUUUUUUUUUUGCAUUACAGUAAAAUGAAUAGUACAGGAAAAUCCUUAAUUUAUGAAAAUGUCAUAAUGCAACAUUCCUGCUAUUUCAGAAGUUCUUGUUUUCACAGAUACGGACUCCUAUCAUGCUUUAACUCACGCCGAUUAUGUCUUCCAUUAAUCAUUUUGCCCAGUUUCAGCCAAACUUGUAUGUAGGGACUGUGGCGUGUGGUCUCUCUCGUCUUUUAUUCUGCUUUAAUUUUUAAUGAUUAAACGUCAGUGCAAAAGUCCCCCUAUUUAGACUCUGAAUAUGUAACUUGACUUUGCACGUUACUCUUUUGGCUUUAGCGAGAACUCACUUUUAUUUUUUUUUACCUCGCUCAACAACUCGGCUGCUUUCUGAUGUGUUUCAAUGACUAACCUCACUUCAUAAGUAAGAAAUUAUUUCACAAUGGCCAUUUUCCUUUGUCUGACGUCACUUUAAAAGCCAGAUAAUAUUUUUUUUAUAUAUCGGUUUGUGUUCCUGCAUAUUGCCGAAUGAAUUUAAUCUAGGGGACGCAAUAAACUUUGUUUUGCUGUGAAUGUUGAACUGGUGCGUAAACACAGUAAAGGUCUCUUUAGCUUUCGGAUCAAUACUUUAGACCGCUCUCUGCCCUUUCUGAUGUACCUUGUGCCUGCACAUAAAACACUCUAAACUACAUCUCCACCAGGCUUCUCAAUUAUAUAGUUUACAGUUGUCAACACAACAAAAACUGUACUUAUGUUUAAGUACAUUUUUCAUAUAUAUGCAUAGACACAGAGUUGACCUCUAGGGGUCAGACGGUGGAAGGGUCAAACGCUAUGACCUCUUGUGUCUGGAGAUUGUCCGUCCCUUCUGGUGCUUACGUGUACUAUAGCAACACAUGCUGUAAAGCCUGAUACAGGCGAUAGGGCUUCAAUUAACAUCAUAUCUCAUUCUAAACUACCAUAACAGGUCAGGAAAACAAGUCAUGAAAGCAUCUCUCUUUCUGUUUCUCUCUAUUUUUCCUCACUGUUCUCACUUUACACAAAUGUAGCGCUUGUUUUCUGAACCUCAAUCUUCAUCAUCCUCAUCAUCAUGACAGAUUAGCGAUUUAAAAGGAUUAUUGAAGGUGAGCUGCUAGAAAAUGUAUAAAUCUUUGUGAUUGUGAAAAGUAUUUUUUGAUCCUGUAAUGUAUUUUUUUUUCUAUUCAACCAACAAUAAACAUAUUACACACCCA